UUUUGGUUUCCUAAAGACAGGGGGAGACUGCGAUCAUGAAUCACCACUAUGUGAAGUGAGGUUUGGCAGCUGGUGUGUAGUUACAAAUAUAGGACACAUUUUACACAGCAGCGUUAGCUCAGUGUCGUUUUAUACGCUUUAGCUAUGAAAUAUAAACUAAGGUAAUCUACUUGUUGUUUAUUUUGCUUGUUAUUAGAAAUAAACUUCUCUCAAAGUAACGUUAGGUAUGUUGCAAAAAUGUUCAAAAUCGUUAAAUGCUAAAACUAGUUGUUCAGAUAGAAAGAGCUUGAAAUAUGAUAUCAAGAUUAUAGCCGUUUCUCAAUACCAAGUACGCCAAGUUCGGACUUGCGUCCUUCCUAAUUCGGACUUGCAAGUUCAGACUCGGAAGAACGAACUCCCGAGGAGGACGGGAGGACGCGAGUCCGGUUAUAUUGCAAAUGGAACAGAAGAGUACUUGAGGUCGUCAUUCAGUCUAACCAAUACGUGCAGUCCUGGCUAUUCUUAUUUUAAUGUUUUUCAAAGAAAUAUAUCAAAUGCAAAAACCCUAAUAUGUGCUUAAUGCAACACGUGAAUACGCUGAUUAGCUUAAUGGAUUUAUUACAAAAUAAAGUAAGAUAUAAAACACAUUUAUUUAUUUUAUUAUAAAACCAUCUAUUUUAGUACUACUGAACUAUAAUAUACGAUUGUACAACAUUAAAUAAACACAAGAAAAACACCCAGUUAAAGCGCAGUAAUUUAAUACAGUGUUAAGAUUAUAUAAAAAUAUAUGUGAUUUAAGUUAUGAAACGUUACCAUUAGUUAAAAGGAUAACAAAUAACACUUCAUAUGAAUAAUAAAGAGAAAUAUAUAUCCAAAGAGAAUAUUUUAUGUUUGACCAGUAGACACCGGAGGGCAGAGCAACUGCACUAAGAUCGCAGCAAAUUUCAGAAGGGAAACUUGGCUGUCAGAAGUCCGCACAAGUCACCUCCUGAUGCAUCCUCGAUAAAAUGGGCGGAUCAAGAACACAUCCAGGGAUCUUAUGUGAACUUGGCUUGAUGCGAACUUUGAUUUGGAACAGUACUUGGGCUGCGACUGAUGACGUUUUACAAGUCCACAAGAACACAAGUAACAGACAAGAACGCAUAUUGAGAAACAGCUCAUGUUAUGGGUUCAAGAAUAACAAAAUACUGGCCAUUUGAAACUCGAAAAUCAUCACUUUAAUUUGUCCCAUGUUUUCCAUUAAAAUUCAAGAAAAUGUGUGACCGAAUCAUGAAAAUUAUAAAGUGUUUGCUAUAACUUUUUAAGGCUAUAAGCUGUUAUCCAUAUCCUCUACAUAUUCUACUUCUGAAAAGUCAGCUAUAUAAAAAAACCCCACUAAUUACACCAAAUAACACUCUUUAUUCAGAAUAUCGCUAAUAACCCCAGAUUGGCUCCAAGAUCUCUCUUUUUUUUAACCAAAGGGUUUCGUAUCUAAACUCCUUUAUAAGUUUUAGAAUAAAAAACAAAAAUAUUAAAUUCAUAACUAUUUUAUUGUUUUUACAUUUACAUUACAUUUAUUAAUAUAUACAGACAUUUACUACAUGGCUAUACAGCUGCUUGACAUUCUUUGUCCAUUCAAGCAGAUUUUGGGGGUGGUAAUACUCCUGUGGUCGUUGUUCAAAUUUAUUAAAAUUUCGUUCACUUGUAGUUUAGCAAUUAAACUAAAUGUCUAUUACAAUUUCAAGAAUGACUUUACUCAACUUCAGCAAAAACAAAGUCAAUUUUACAAACAACAGACUUUGGCGAGCUCGCACGGCCAGUAGUUAAACAUGAAAGGUGGUGACUGAAAACGAGAAGGUACCUAUGGUUCUUCCGGUGGUGUUAACAAUAAAAACUCAGAAAAUUCACCAUCAACAAACCAACAGAAGCAUUAUUUUUCACAUCACCGCGUGUCGCCUGAGGAAAUCUUGAGUUUCGUUAAGCGGAACCAAAAAGUCAGCAGCGACAGCUGAGUUAGCAACAUGCAUACUAAAAGGACUUUGUUGUUAUUGAUUCUUAGCAGUUAACCAGAAGUUACGUGUGUUCCACAAAAGCUGUUUGUUUAUGUUGUUACUGCUGAAACCGUCUGAAGAAAGUUACCAAGGGGACUAUUUUCGGGCGCUGCAUAAUAUCAUUGAUGUGACUGACUAAUGAAAACAGUCGCAUGCUUGUAAUUCAUUUCUGAAAAGAAAAGAUCUUUAGAAAAUCACGUCAUGUCUUGUCCUUAAUAAAAAUAGUUAAUAAUUUUAUAUCCAUAAAUGAAAAAUAUCCUGUAGGGUUCACACUGUAAGAGAGAUUUAUAUUAACAUUUGUUGACUGUGUUUGUUUACGUUUUCGCACUGCAUUACAUGAUCUUGAUCUCUGCUCUGAGAACCUUUGGUGGCCAUAACAGAGGUACAGUAUAAAAGCAGUACAAGGUUUUAUCAAACUGUUUCAGUGGUAAGUCAUUUUAUGAAGAGAAUGUAAGAUUGUGAAGUGUUUUAUUGACAUUGUCAGUUUAGUAGUUUAAAAUGAUAAACUGAUAAACAUCCAGUGAUGCUCAAUGAUUAGUCAGGGUUGCCAUAAUCAGUCAUUGCCAUAUUUCAUUCAUCAUCCUCUUUCUUUUUCUUCAGCUUGAUCAUCCUGCUUUGAUACACACGUCUUUGCUCGCUCUGGCCAUGCACUGCACAGUAUAAUAUUUUUAUAUGUAGGUCUCUAACAAGAAGCAAAGACAAGCAGUGGGAGGACUAAAAUGCAGGGACAACCUGAAGUGUACUGGUGAAUAUGCAAAACCUAAAUAAGUGCCAUUAUGUGAGUAUUAGGUUUUUUAUAUUCUGACACAUUUAAGUUCUGUGGUCCUUUAUAAAAAUUAUCCAUGGGUUUUAAUAGUAAAAGAGUAAAACAUGUUGUUGGCAUUGAUUACAAAUGUAUUACCAUUUUUGUUUACUAAUAAAUAACAUGGUUAAGCUGUGGUUACGGUAGCAAAAGCUGUUAAUUUGUGAUAAACAACCAAAGUACGCCUAAAAACUAAUAUGAACAAUACUGAACAUAAUUUUCACAUAACAACCCUUCUUAUUCUUAGUAUAAAAAACUAAAGUAAAAAUAUUUAGUGAUGUUAAUAAUUGUUAUUAUUUAUGGCUAUAGAGGUGGAAGACUUUGAGGUAAGGGAGACUUUAUCUCAUCACAAGCUUUCUCCAAGCAUUGGCUCCCUCACUAAAGGGUAACAUAAGACUGCACAGUAAAUAUAAAGAAUCCCCAUAAAAAAGUGUUUGUUAUAGAUUUCUACUCUUUGCAUCUGUCUCAUAUAUCAGUGGUAUCAAUUUGCAUGAUAGUUUUUCAGCUGUUAAGGUAAAUUGUUUACUUUCGGCUUAUUGUUUUUGUUUCUCUCGUAUCAGGAAAUCCUCUGUUGUGGAGAGCGAGUCACUCACAGAGGAGUGUAGUGUGGACUGGUCGAUCCACAGCCUCAGAUUGAGGUGACCGAUGGUGAUGUGGAGAAGCCAUAAGAGAGCGUCUUCCCUGGAGCCAUCAUCAGCUUCUCCUGAAAGCAGCUUUUCUGUGAGUCAAAGUGGAACCUGAAGAGUCCACAUCCUCAUCUCCUCCAGCAGAAUCUAGGUGUUUCUCAAUGUCAAGGAAGGAUCCUUGUAAGCCAGAAUUUCGAGGAUGCUAUGUCAUCGACAUCUGUCGAAAAAUAUCCAAUAUACAGGAAAGGAUGCAUAUGUGUAGCCUUCGCGCUCUUCGCACUCUGAAAUCACCCACAAUCCUAUGUGCGCAGUGCCGAAAGCACACCUUAAUACUGACAUAAUAACGCAAUAACGUGCACUUGCUAGCCUGUUCCAUUUACGUGUUCUCCUAAUGCUAUGAGGAGCCUCGCCUCGCCUCUGAAGGAAGUAACUUGGAAAGACCAGUCCUUCCAAGGAAGUACCCUUGACAUUGAGAAACACCUUCAGUCUACACACCUCAGGAUAAUAUCAUGGGGACAGAGACUAGUAGUCUUCACGAGAGGGCGGAGACUUUAGUCUUUGAUUUAGUCCGUGUGUCUGGUUGCGGAUACGUGUCUGCAGGCUUCCGAUUUAAGGUAGGGCUUACCCUGUUUAGGUUUGCCCAAACCUCACGGUUGGCUUGCACACUGGCAAGGGACACGAUGGACAGGUGGAUUCUUCAACUACGAUGAGAAGAGCGGUGGGGUCUGAAGCUGAUUGACCUUUACAGGUUUAUUGAAAGGUUAUAGUAAUGCAGCUGUGCACCACCGGUGAAUAUGCAAAACCCAAAUAAAUGCCAUUAUGUUCAUAAACAUGAUUUGUUUUUAAAUUCUUUGUUAAGUCUGUUCAUUUAAACAGAUAAUCCACAGAGUAAUGUGAGAUCCAGCUUGAACAUGUGAGGUUUUGGCGGUGGAGCUGAAGCUCUGUGCAUCUAGGCGGAGAUUUCUUUACAUGAACUUAACAGCAGUGUCUUAACCGCAUACUGUACAUCACAAGAUGUCAUCAACGCAUGACAGGCCCAGAUGAGAAAGCCAUGACGGAGGAAGACAUUGUGGAGAGGGAGUCGUCUUCCUCUGAUCACGAGCUUUCUCCAGGCAAUGGCUCCCCGACCAAAGGGAAAUCCUCUGAUGUCGAGGAGCCAGGAGAGGGCCAGGAGCUGCCAUCCCUGGAGCCGCCACCAGCUGUAGUCGCUAUCAUUGCUUCUGCUGCACAGGUGGAGGAGGCUCUCAUUGAGUAUGCGGUGCAGACAUCAGUCGAGAUUUGCCCAGAUGAGAAAGCCAUGACAGAGGAAGACAUUGUGGAGAGGGAGUCGUCUUCCUCUGAUCACGAGCUGUCUCCAGGCAAUGGCUCUCCAACUAAAGGGAAAUCCUCUGAUGUGGAGGAGCCAGGAGAGGGCCAGGAGCCGCCAUCCCUGGAGCCGCCACCAGCUGCAGUCGCUACCAUUGCUGCUGCUGCACAGGUGGAGGAGGCGUUCGGUGGGUGUGCAUCACCUCCUCCUGCACUGCAGUCAUUAGAGGAGACUUGCCCAGAUGAGAAAGCCAUGACAGAGGAAGACAUUGUGGAGAGGGAGUCGUCUUCCUCUGAUCACGAGCUGUCUCCAGGCAAUGGCUCUCCAACUAAAGGGAAAUCCUCUGAUGUGGAGGAGCCAGGAGAGGGCCAGGAGCCGCCAUCCCUGGAGCCGCCACCAGCUGCAGUCGCUACCAUUGCUGCUGCUGCACAGGUGGAGGAGGCGUUCGGUGGGUGUGCAUCACCUCCUCCUGCACUGCAGUCAUUAGAGGAGACUUGCCCAGAUGAGAAAGCCAUGAAAGAGGAAGACAUUGUGGAGAGGGAGUCGUCUUUCUCUGAUCACGAGCUGUCUCCAGGCAAUGGCUCCCCGACUAAAGGGAAAUCCUCUGAUGUGCAGGACCCAGGAGAGGGCCAGGAGCCGCCAUCUUUGGAGCCGCCACCAGCUGCAGUCGCUAUGAUUGCUGCUGCUGCACAGAUGGAGGAAGCGCACGGUGGGUGUGCAUCACCUCCUUCUGUGGUGCAGACAUCAGUUGAAACUUGCCCAGAUGAGAAAGCCAUGAUAGAGGAAGACAUUGUGGAGAGGGAGUCGUCUUCCUCUGAUCAUGAGCUGUCUCCAGGCAAUGGCUCCCUGACUAAAGGGAAAUCCUCUGCUGUGAAGAACCCAGGAGAGGGCCAGGAGCCGCCAUCGCUGGAGCCGCCACCAGCUGCAGUCGCUACCAUUGCUGCUGCUGCACAGGUGGAGGAGGCGCUCGGUGGGUGUGCAUCACCUCCUCCUGCGGUGCAGACAUCAGUGGAGACUUGCCCAGAUGAGAAAGCCAUGACGGAGGAAGACAUUGUGGAGAGGGAGUCGUCUUCCUCUGAUCACGAGCUGUCUCCAGGCAAUGGCUCCCCGACUAAAGGGAAAUCUACUGAUGUGGAGAAACCAGGAGAGGGCCAGGAGCCAUCAUCUCUGAUGCCACCAUCAGCUCCUCCGAACGCAGCUUUUCCUACUAAGAAUGAUCUCUGGUACACAGUUCCACUUUGUACCACAGAUAAAAAGGAUGUGGCCUCGGAUCUCUAUCAUCACAAAAGGGAGGAUAUCAUGGGGACAAAGACUAGUCUCUCUGAAAGGGCGGAGACUUUAGUUUUCGAUUUAGUUCGUGUGUCUGGUUGCGGAAGUGUGUCUGCGGAAUUCCAAUUUAAGGUAGGGCUUACCCUGGUUAGGUUUGCCGAAACCUCACGGUUGGCUUGCAGACUGGCAAGGGAGACGAUGGAAAGGUGGAUUAUUCGGCUCCAAAGAGAAGGGCAGUCGGGUCGGAAGCUAAAGGACCUCUCCAGGUUUAUCAAAAGGUUUCCCUCCGUAUUUGAGAGUCCAUCUGAUUUAGAUCAAGAGGACUUUCCGAUGGAGGACCUCUCUUCGGAUGAAGAGAAUGAGGACCACCCCUUACCUGUUCCUGUGGUUGCUCCGGUCCCUGAGGAACCUCAGGUUGUGGCCCUCCCCUCACCUGCUCCUAUGUCUGCUCCAGUCUUUGAGGAGCCUCGAGUUGUGUCCCUCCCCUCACCAAUGUCUGCCCAGCAAAAUAAUGGAGCUGUUUUUGAGGAUAUGGAAGAGGAUGACACCUCUGUACCUCAAUCUUCACCUCCUCACGCUUUGCCUGUCCGGCAGGCGGCUCCACUCCUGCCUUCCCCUAGGAAGCGCCGAGCUGCCCCCACACCACUUCAAUUAGUGGAAGAGCAGGAUGUGGAGGUUAACCCAAAGAGGGCCAUACUGGCAGGAUGUGGGAGUGAGAAUCAAUGUUCACCUCCUCAUGCUCCGCCUGUCGGGCAGGCAAUUGUUCUGGCACCUCCACCCCUGCGUGUCUCAAGGAAGCGCUCUGCUCCUUUCUCGCAGCUUCAAUUAGUGGAAGAGCAGGAUGUGGAGGUUAACCCAAAGAGGGCCAUACUGGCAGGAUGUGGGAGUGAGAAUCAAUGUUCACCUCCUCAUGCUCGGCCUGUCGGGCAGGCAAUUGUUCUGGCACCUCCACCCCUGCGUGUCUCGAGGAAGCGCUCUGCUCCUUUCUCGCAGGGUGUGGAGGUUAGCCCAAAGAGGGCCAGACUGGCAGGAUGCGGGAGUGAGAAUCAAUGUUCACCUCCUCAAGCCUCGCCUGUUGGGCAGGCAAUUGUUCUGGCAGCUCCACCCCUGCGUGUCUCAAGGAAGCGCUCUGCUCCUUUCUCGCAGGAUGUGGAGGUUAGCCCAAAGAAAGCCAGACUGGCAGGAUGCGGGAUUGAGAAUCAUAUGCAUGUCCAGCAGGGACCUCCUCCUGGGUCAGUUCAAAUAUUUUGAAAAAGAUGAAGUGUUCAAAAGCACAUUUAUUUCCCAUCACAAGAGACAACAGGACACAUCAAAUAAAACUUGUUUUAAUCAAAUGUGUUUUUAAAGUCCAUUGAUUUAAACAGACAAUCCACAGAAUAAUGCGAGAUUUCCGACAAAUUGAAACACUACCUUUCUAUUGCAGAAUUACUUAUGUGAGUGUAUAAAGUUUGUGAGAAGGAGCUAUUUUAACUCAACUAAACUGCAGAAUAACUGGUGACAUAGCCUUUGUAUA